AGUAUAAUAAAGGGUGUAGAAAAAGUAGAUAGGAUUCGAUUCAUGGUGGUCAUUUCCUAGAAUCACUCGAAUGUUAUAGUUGAAGUAGCCCAUUGGCAAAUGGACAGAAACUCGAAAUGGUUGUAUGUCUAUUUAAGUCAAAGAAGGAAGGCCCUUUUCCAAUCAUCCUCCUUCUGAACUUUGUGGAAGUCUGAAAAUGUAUCUUCUUCCACUCAUCUUGCUAUCCACUCUGCUUCUGUUGAUCAUCAUCCUAAAAUGGAAGAAAAAUAGAUAUAGAAAAAAGGGAAAUUUUCCUCCAAGUCCACCAAAGCUACCAAUCAUAGGAAACUUGCACCAACUUGGCAAGCUCCCACACCAAUCUCUAUGGCGUCUCUCUCAGCUUUAUGGUCCCAUCAUAAGUCUCAAACUCGGCAGUAUUCAAACCACCAUCAUCUCCUCCGCCGAUGCUGCCCGUGGCCUCUUCAAAACACACGACCUUCAAACCUGCAGUCGACCACAAACCGAAGGUGCCAGAAAACUUACUCACAACUUCCACGACCUUGGGUUUUCCCCCUAUGGUGAUUACUGGCGAGAGAUGAGAAAGGUUUGCGUUCUUGAGCUUUUUAGUCUCAAGAGAAUAAAAUCUUACCAACACAUUAUAGAACAAGAAAUGAAUUCGCUUAUUGAAUCGAUUUCGGAAUCGGCUUCUUGUGGGGAUGUUGUUGAUCUUAGUGACAAGUCCAUGGUUUUCACAGCUGCUAUUAUCUUUAGGAUAGCUUUUGGGAAGAAGGUUUGUAAAGGAGAUGGAUUUCAUGAGGUUGUGAAUGAAGCUGAGGCUUUGUUGGGAAGUUAUAGCGCAUCUGAAUUGUUUCCUAAUUUUGUGGGUAAAGCUAUUGAUUGGUUUAAUGGAUAUCAGAAAAGGCUUAACAAGGUUUACAAUGAGUUGAGUGGUUUGUUUCAAGAAGUGAUUGAUGAACAUCUUUGUGUUGGGAGAGAUCAAGAAGCUAAGGAAGAUGAUAUUAUUGAUGUGCUUUUGGGACUAAGCAACCAGCAAGAACAAUCAGCUUCUUUCAAUGUUUCCAUUACUCAUGACCAUAUCAAAGGCAUUCUUUUGAUUGUAUUAUUGGAUAUGCAUGAACAGAGCAUAUUUUUGGGAGGAUUAGACACAAGUUCCAUAACAAUAGUAUGGGCAAUGGCAGAACUUACAAAGAAACCAAAACUAAUGAAGAAAGCUCAACAAGAAAUCAGAAGACACAUGAAAAACAGAGGAAACAUAACAGACAAAGAAAUAGAACAGUUUCAAUAUCUAAAACUGAUAGUGAAAGAGACACUAAGAAUGCAUCCACCAGCACCCCUUCUUCUUCCAAGACAAGUCAUGUCCCAUUUCAAAAUGGAAGGCUUCGAUUUUUACCCGAAGACGAUGGUUCAAAUCAACGCUUGGGCAAUUGGAAGAGACCCCAAAUGCUGGAAAGACCCCGACGAAUUCAUGCCAGAGAGAUUUGCAGAGAGCUGCAUUGAUUUCAGAGGACAGAAUUUCGAGUUCCUGCCGUUCGGGGCCGGGCGGAGGAUUUGUCCAGCGAUAAAUUUGGGGAUGAAGAAUGUGGAGGUUGCUUUGGCAAAUCUUUUGUAUCAUUUUGAUUGGAAGUCGCCGGAAGGAAUGAAGGAAGAGGAUUUGGAUAUGGAAGAGAGUAUGGGGUUUAGUCUCACUAUUUACAAGAAGUUGCCUCUUAAACUUGUCCCUGUUCCAUACAUUCCAUGAUUUUUAUUUCCAAUCAUGUUUUUGUUUGGGUUGUUUAAAUAAUAAGAACAGUUAUCUAAUCUUGUUUUCUUCGUAAGCGAAAGCAAGUAUAUCCAAGAAGCAAGAAGCUUCAAAUCAUGUAUGUUUUGUUGAGAA